GCAGGGGCGGAGCCGCGUCAUGGCCGCCGGGCGGCUCCCGCCGGCCGCGCUCACCCUCAAGCAGUUCCUGAGGCGGCAGCAGGUCCUUCAGUUGUACCGCAAGAUCCUGCGGGCUAUCCGGGAGGUCCCUGCUGAGCAGGAUCGCCGCUACUUAAGGGACUGGGCCAGGGAGGAAUUCAAGAGAAAUAAGUAUGCUACAGAAGAGGAUGCCAUCAGGAUGAUGAUUACUCAAGGCAACAUGCAACUUCAGGAACUUCAGAGAACACUUAAGCUGGCAAAAUCCUGAUCUUCAUUUUGUUGACAGUUUAAUUUUUAGUUAUUGCAAAUAGGCACAGUGUUUUUUUCCAGAAUGUGGUUACAAUGGUGGCCUUUGCUGGCAACCUGGUGAUGUUUGAAGGGGAAAUCUACCACAGUGAGGGUUUUGGUUUUCCCCCUUCCCCAGUCCAUUUCUCAGUUUUGCUACCCUCAGAAGUGGAAAUGACUUGAGCACAAAGGACAUUAAAGAACUGCAUGGAUGAUGUACCAUGUGCUGCAGGGAAAGCAGAAAACACCAAAAACUACAGUUAAAACAGCUGUGUUAAUGCCACUACAAUGGAAAAUAAAUAUAUGCCAGAUUAUUUUGUCUGCUUUUUACUGUGGUAGCUGUAAUUGGUAAUAUUCUCAGUGACAGCUGUUCAUGUACUAUACCAAGUAUUUUCACCAAAAUUUGUGAUUAAAAAAAGAAUUUGGGAUAUAUUGGCCCAGAACAAACAAACAUUAAAAAAUGUUUUGUGUGUAGAUGUUGAUUUUCAGUAGUAGCUGAAUAAAACUUAAAAGGAGAGGUCUUUAUUUAUGAAAAUGGGAGAUUUUAGCCCCAGAAAUGUUUAUUACCAGAUACCUUCAAACUAGUAUGUAAAAGUCAAUAUAUAAAGAAAAAUCACAGGUAAAAAAUACUAACUGCAAAAGUUAUGAUUUGUGUAUUCAAAUGUUAUACUACUUUACUUCUAAUCGUUAGCUUGCAACUGUUCUCACUUUCCUUUGAGCUGUGGUGUAUCUUUUUUUUCCAUGUAAUUUAAAAAUGCCUGGAUGAGCUGGGGAUUUUCUCCACAUGACUAGACAGGCAGCAGCAGAUUGAUACCUUACCAUUUUAGGUUGUGAUUCCAAGACAUGCAGGAUCUCUUCCCUCUUCCACUCUGCUAUUGUAGAUCCCUUGAGGAGAACCCCUGUUUCAAAGGUGGUUUUCUGCAGAAUUCCUGAGCUGCACAAACUGGCAGCAAAUCUGGUAAAUAGGGAUCACCACUGGCACCAGGGAAGGGACAGGACAGAAUUCCAGGCUACAGGAGGAAUGACCCCAGGUGAGAGCAGGAGCUGUGGUUCAGAUCUGUAUAGACUGAAGCCUCUGA